CGUUUCCCACACUUGCACCGGCCGCUCGCGCGCAGCCCGGCGUCGCCCCGCGCCGCGCUCGCUCCUCCCUCCCUCCUCCCGCUCUGUGGCUCCCGCGCUCCCGGCGAGGCUCAGGCGCCGAGCGCGCGGACGGGCGCACGGACAGACGGCCCCGGGGACGCCUCGGCCCGCGCCUCCCGGGCGGGCUAUGUUGAUUGCCCCGCCGGGGCCGGCCCGCGGGAUCAGCAGAGCCCGGCCCGCGGCCCCGGUGGCCAGCGGGGACUAUGAAUCGGAAAGCGCGGCGCUGCCUGGGCCACCUCUUUCUCAGCCUGGGCAUGGUCUACCUCCGGAUCGGUGGCUUCUCCUCGGUGGUAGCUCUGGGCGCGAGCAUCAUCUGUAACAAGAUCCCAGGCCUGGCUCCCAGACAGCGGGCGAUCUGCCAGAGCCGGCCCGACGCCAUCAUCGUCAUAGGAGAAGGCUCACAAAUGGGCCUGGACGAGUGUCAGUUUCAGUUCCGCAAUGGCCGCUGGAACUGCUCCGCACUGGGGGAGCGCACCGUCUUCGGGAAGGAGCUCAAAGUGGGGAGCCGGGAGGCUGCCUUCACGUACGCCAUCAUUGCUGCCGGUGUGGCCCACGCCAUCACGGCCGCCUGCACCCAGGGCAAUCUGAGCGACUGCGGCUGCGACAAGGAGAAGCAAGGCCAGUACCAGCGGGACGAGGGCUGGAAGUGGGGUGGCUGCUCUGCCGACAUCCGCUACGGCAUCGGCUUCGCCAAGGUCUUUGUGGAUGCCCGGGAGAUCAAGCAGAAUGCCCGGACUCUCAUGAACUUACACAAUAACGAGGCAGGCCGAAAGAAUGCGUCGAGUCCCCAACCCGACGUGACAUGGUGGCAGCACACAAUCCUGGAGGAGAACAUGAAGCUGGAGUGUAAGUGCCACGGCGUGUCGGGCUCGUGCACCACCAAGACGUGCUGGACCACACUGCCGCAGUUUCGAGAGCUGGGCUACGUGCUCAAGGACAAGUACAACGAAGCAGUUCAUGUGGAGCCCGUGCGCGCCAGCCGCAACAAGCGGCCCACCUUCCUGAAGAUCAAGAAGCCACUGUCCUACCGCAAGCCCAUGGACACAGACCUGGUGUACAUCGAGAAGUCACCCAACUACUGUGAGGAGGACCCAGUGACGGGCAGUGUGGGCACGCAGGGCCGUGCCUGCAACAAGACAGCGCCCCAGGCCAGUGGCUGCGACCUCAUGUGCUGUGGCCGCGGCUACAACACCCACCAGUAUGCCCGUGUGUGGCAGUGCAACUGCAAGUUCCACUGGUGCUGCUACGUCAAGUGCAACACCUGCAGCGAGCGCACUGAGGUGUACACCUGCAAGUGAGCCCGAGGCCGGGUUGGCUGCCUCCAGCUGCAAGUCAGACUGCGGGGAGGACCAGACAGCACCGAACUGCAGUCGCGGAGGCAGUUCACGUCCCAGAGCUUCACGGGGACCCACAGGAAUGCCGAGCUUGUCUUUCCUGCUGUGGGGGCGCCUCCCCUGGGUUUCCUGCAGGCACCCGUGGGAAAGUUCUCUCCAGAGCCCCUGACUGUUCUAUUCCACACCAGUGCUGCUCCACCCGACCCCCGACACGGCCCGGGAUGCUCCUCGGCUGGAGCCGAGCCUUUCACAGCAAAAGGACUCAGGACCCUUGGGCUGCAACAUAGCAAUAUUUAACAAUUUAUUCUGAUAAAAAAAUAAUAUUAAUUUAUUUAAUUAAAAAGAAUCCUUCCACCUCGUCGGGAUCCAUUUUCUGCAAAGUGGACAGCUUGCUUUCUUUGCGGGUAAUUUUGUCUCUAGGACAAGGAGCGGAGUAGAACUGUACAUACUUAUUCUUUACGCAGAUAUUUCUACUAGUUGAAAGUUCCCCUUUGCAGCUGUAGAUGUUUAAGUACAAGAGCGAGUGUCCUUUAUACAUAUACAGAUAUAUAUACACACACACAUAUUUUUUUGCUGUUUGCUGCUACUUAUCCAGAAAUUUAAGCUGGUCCAGAUUUGGAGAUGUUUUCCAGAAUACAUUUCCCUCCCGUUAGUCUUCUCCAGCUCAGACUUAUACCACUAGAAAAAUUCAGUUUGGAGUAUACAGAGAGAGGAAAGAUAAUAACAAAUGCCCAGCAGUUUCCAUCCUUUGGAAAGUGAGCCACUGGAUAUUUUGUAAGAGACUAUUUUUAUAUGAAUGUUUUAUUUAUAUGGAGUCUGCUUGUAUCAUUCCAUGGCCUGUGCUUCUUCUAAAUUCUGGUUCACUUUGGAAGGAGGAGGGGUGUGGCCUGGGGGUGUGGCCAGGCCCCCCGGGGACCCUCACGUAGCUGGGCUCUCAAGUUCUGCUGGCCAGUCUGGCAAAAGGAGCGCCUGGGCUGUGGUAUCACUGGUAUUACCCAAAAGAGGAAUCACCCCCCAGCCUCAGCUUGUUAAGCUCAGGCCUUUUGAACAAGGUCACUGAGUGGUGACCUCAUGCCACGCCGUGUGUUGGGCAGUCCCGAGCCCUUGGCAUUGUGUGACUGUCACCUGCUCAUUGCCACUUGGCAGAAGCCAGCUCAGGGAGCUGCUCCUCGCCAGGAUGCCCUGCCCCUGCUGUGUGUCCCCGGGGGUGAGGGAUCCCAUGGGCAGCAGGGCCCAACAAGGCUUCCUGGAUUGCAUAGCCCCAGGGUAGGCUGGCAGAGCGGUAUGGAAGAGGCCUCUGCUCUGCAUCCACCUACAUCCGGUGCCUCUCAACCUGGAAAGCUCUCCUCCGGAAGACUGUGGAUGUCCUAAUGUGUGCCCGUUUGCAUUUCUGUGUGUGUGAGCGCAUGAACGAGCUUAGGGAUGCUUGGGGUAGUCACAUGACUUUGGGCCUUCAAGCAGUUCCGGGGUGUGGACAUGCACCCAUCUUAUGUGCUCACAUGUGUACCCCGCUACCCACAUGUCCCUCUUCAUGUGCCUCAGAGCUUUAGGGUGUGUGUGCAUGUGGGCUGCUCUUGUGCAUCUGCUGGUCCCAGGCAUCUCUGCUUGCAGGUGCUGGCUUAUGGUGUAAGGCAGACUGAAGGGAACUUUGGCAAUUGUGUUGAGCCAUCAAGAGACGGCACUUCUGAAUGCUGUGCCCGUAGACGCUGGUGAAACUCAGAGGCCUCUGAGACCACAGCCUGCUGGCCCCACGCGCCGGGAGCCCCUCAGUGUCUGGGCUGUGUUGGACUCCCCAGGGUCAGCACUGGGCCUGGAUCAUAGCAUGGACAAAUAAAAUGGCUGGA